CGCACAACAACUCUAAAAGAACAGUGAACCGGAUCUAAGGCAACAACUAACUGAGAAAUCAUGGAACCUUACAGCUACCAAGACAUCCAGCAUCAACGAAUAUGCAUGAUGUGAAGCAGCCAUUGUUGGGCUGGGGUGGACAAGUGCGACAUGUGGCCUGCAAGUUGGUCUCUUUGUGCGAUAAUGCUGAACCCAAUGAAGUGACAUUACAGAGACAAAUACUGAUGUUCAUGAAAACUGGGAAAAGCUGGCUGGAUUGUAGGAAACCUUUAUUGGCAGAUGGAUUUCUGGACUUGGCUCUGAAAAGUUUGGAGAUGUUGUAUGCAAAGCUAAUAGCUGGAUAUGAUGGCCAAUCAGAUUUAAACGUUCUUAAGAAUGAUGUGGAAAAGGACCUUUUCAAAGUGCACUCGUAUCAGGCAGAAUCAGCUGUGACUCAAUGUGAUCAUAUGAAUGCAGUGAAUUGUAUCCAACGCUGUAAAGAUAUGCUGCUCAGAAUACCCAAAGAGACACGUUAUUUGGCCCUGCUGUGUUACAAUUUUGGAGUAGAUACCUAUCAGCAGAAGAAAUAUGAAGAAAGUGCUUUCUGGUUGAGUCAGAGCUACGACAUUGGAAAAAUAGACAAAAGAUAUUCUCCUGGCUCUCCUGUGCAAGCAAAAGUUUUGCGUUUACUAGCCAAUGUUUAUCUUGAAUGGGACAUUAAGCAAUACCAGGAGAGAGCUCUCAAUGCUGUCAUUCUUGCAAAUCAAGAGAAUCCCCAUCCAGCUGGACUCUUCUUGAAGAUUAAAAUCCUUUUGAAAGGUAUUUUUCCUGAAACAGCCAUUUCUGCAGGUAAGAAACAGAGUUUAGACUGUGUUGUCACGCUUGAUGUUUGUCUUGAAGCUGCAAAACUCCUGUUGGAACAUGACCGGGAUGGACUCUGCUUUGAAUUUUUGACAACUUUGUCCAAGCAGUUUGAAACCAGUCAUGAUCUUGGGAAGAUUUUGUUGAUGCAUCUUAUGCAGCUGCUACAAAGAGGAGAGGAUGUACUUGCCAAGCAGAAGAUUGAAGACAUUAUAGCAGAUCAUUACACAGGGAAACGACUUUCUUCACAUAUUCUGACUCAAUUCCACAUUGUUCUCUGGGAAAGAGCAACCAAGAAAUUUGAGGUACAGAAUUAUACAGAGGCUCUCCAAUGGUACAAUUAUUCCUUAAGUUUCUUUUCUAAUGGACAACUGGAUCAGAACCUGGCUAGACUGCAAAGAAACAGAGCGUCAUGCUACCUGCAUCUAAAUCAGCUGGAAAAGGCAAAAGAGGCAAUAAAAGAUGCAGAACAAAUUGACCCAGAUAAUUUCUUCACUCAGUUCACUAUCUACAAAAUUGCAAUUUUGGAAAGUGAUACGCAAAAAGCUGUGGAGGCAAUUAAAAUCAUAGGAACGCUGGCAGAAAAAUCUGUGGAGUGUGAAGAUAACAUGCUAAUCAAUAGAAUCUCAGUGACUGAUUUUCUGAGUCUUGCUGCACAUAUUGCUUUGGAGAAUGACCAGGAAGAUGCUGCCAGAAAGGCAUUUGAGUAUUUAUGUGAAUACUCCCAAGACUGUAGUCAAUUGUUAGCAGCUCUCAGAUGUUUAAUUCGCCUUGUUCCAUCCAUUACAAACACAGAUGAUCAAGAAACCAGACUUGAGCGACUGGACUCUCUUAAAUCAUAUUUAAAGGCUGCUCAUGAAAAACUAGUAGUUCACCUAGCUGAAGGAAAGAUAACUGCUGAGCUGAGAAGUAGUGAAGCAAAUUGGUUUCGAAAAAUAGCCUGGAAUUUAGCUCUGCAGUGUGAGAACUGCCCAAGCAGAAUGAGAGACUUCUUCAUUCUUUCUUAUCAGCUUUCACAGAUGGUCUCAACCGACAAGGCCAUUCUAAUUGGUCAAAAGACUUGUUUAUUAAUGGCUGCAGCGGCUAGUCUGGAGAUCAGUCGAAAAGCACCAAAUACCUCAGACCAGAUUGAAAGUCUGACUCAGGCACAGGAGCAUAUACAGGUUUGUUGGGACAUUUGGACAACACUGAAAUCCACAAUAGGAGGUGAUGUCUCAAAAGACCCAACGGAAACCCUUUUACUUCUGUAUGAGUUUGAAGCCAGGGCUAAGCUGAAUGAUCCCAAGAUAGAGAAUGUAUUGGAGAAAGUGUUGCACCUUCAAAAGAUAGAGCCCAAAACACUGGAAACCUUGGCAUCAUUAGCCAUGGAAUCGCCUGCUCACUUCCCAUCAGUUUGUAAAAAGGCCUUGAAAAUUGCCUUAUCUCUUCAAAAGAAGCAGCCUGAUAAAGAUGUGAUACGAUGCAGCAAAUUGCUCCACAGCCUGGUCCAGAUCUCACUCCCGACAGGAUUAACAGAAAUUGAACCUCGGGUUCUUGACGAGGUCUGGUGCUACUAUGAGGAAGCACUCAUUAUGAUUGAGAAUUCGCAAGAGGAAUACCCAGAGACGGAAAUGCUUUGGCUGAUGACUCGAGCUUGGAACACUGGGGCUUCCUUAUAUAGUUUGGGUAAAUAUGCUGAGGCAGAGAAAUGGUGUGGGCUUGGAAUGCGCUUCCUCAAAUAUCUGGGAUCUCUCCAGGCCAGCUAUGAAAGUCAGGUAAGACCCAUUCACAUGACCCUUGAGAAGUUGGUGAGCUGCCUUCUUGAACGGCAGCUCGCAUGCUCUUGGUUAGACCUACAAUGCCCUGAGGAAGAGAACCCCCAGGAUUUUGACCCAGUGGCAGCGAAGGAACGGCAGUUAUAUUUUCAAAUCAUGAUGGUGGGCAGCUUGUUGGGGAACUUGCAGGCACAAUGCAAUGCCAUCCGUGCUCUCAAGACCAAUCGCAGCAUUGUCAUCAACCCAACAGACAAAGGGGGGACCAUUGUAAUACAGAAUAGGAGAUGUACCAACAGCUGA